CAAAGAGCGCCAAAUUAACGGAAAAACCCGCAAAAACACGAGAGUCACGAAGCAUGUUCAGUCACAGCAGAGCAAGCGCGAGUGGGCUCAUAAACGGGGCAAAGGAGGCGGUGGCGCUCAUCACCAAGCCGCGCACGUUAGCUUCUCGUACCCUCUUCCCUUCUCGCUUAGCUAACGAACGCCUCGCAUCCCAUUCUCACCGCCCCUACGCCACCAUGAACCGAGACGACAACGACCCAAUCGAAGCUAUAUUCCGGCAGAAGCGGUUGCUCCGGUCCAGAAUCCGCAAAGAGCUCAAGAAUAUGGACCCGGUUCGGAGGUCCGAAGAAGAUGCUGCAAUUCAGAGCAUUGUUUUAAAUGCUCCCUGGUUCCAAUCCAGUAAGAGCAUAUGCGCUUACAUAAGCUCUCCUGCUUUACGAGAAGUCGAUACGUCAAGAAUUGUUUCAGAAAUUCUAUCCAAACCUGCCAAUGAGGGUGAUGUGCAGAACAGGAAAAAGCUUUAUGUUCCGCGUGUGGAGGAUAGGAAUAGCAACAUGAGGAUGCUUAGGAUUUCCAGCGUUGAUGAUCUGAUCGUGAACUCGAUGGACAUUUUGGAGCCAGCUCUUUUGGAUUCUGAUGGGAAACAACACGAAGAUGUUUUGGAGGCAAGCGAUCCAGUUGACUUGUUCAUCCUGCCCGGGCUUGCAUUUGACAGAUGUGGAAGGCGUUUAGGCCGUGGUGGAGGUUACUAUGAUUUGUUCCUAAAGAAGUACCAAGAGCUUACAAAGCAACGACAAUGGAAGGAGCCCCUUCGAGUUGCGCUGUCAUAUUCUGUACAGAUCGUGGAGGAAGGAGCCAUAGCUGUCACUUCAAAUGAUGUUUCUGUGGAUGCUCUUGCAUCUCCAGCCGGUGUCAUUCCCAUAAGCCCUGCUGCUCAGGAGAGGAGCAUGGGAUAAUCAACGGAUUUGUUUUCAAGAUGGACCGCAGUACAGAGCGCCAUCAUUGUUGCAAGAUUCUGUUUUAAUUAGCUGCUUCAUCUGUCUUCCAAGAUAGUCUUGUCAAUUACUAAGCACAAGCUAACGGACAUAGCCACUUUCCAGCGGUCCUGCCUCAUCGACGAUUGUCAAUUUGGAGGUGCAUAAUGCAUAAGAACCUUGUUUGCUGGAUUUGCAUCCCGUCGAAUUCCUGAAAAUUUUGUUACGGAAAGAACGGAAUCGAGGAUAUCUAUAUGUAUGUAACCAACUGUACUUUGUUGCCUAAUUAUGAUCCGAGUUUUUUGUA